AUGGAUACCAGCAAAGAAGAGGCAGAGCAGCACACAUUUCUUGAUCGUGCCUCUCGGGCCACCAGGGGCAAACGGUUGACAAAAUUGGUUGAUGAGGAGCUCGAAGAAGAUGAGCUCUUUUGGAAUCAAGAUGCUCUCAAGGAGGAAGAGCAUGAUGCAGAGUAUGAGGAAGAAGGAGAGGUUGCUGAUGUUUUUGAUAGUGACUUCGAUGAAUCUGAGCCCGAGCCCGAUCAAGAAGUCGAAAAUGAACCUAAUGAGAGGAGGACAAAGAAGAAACUAAUAUUUCCAGGAAAGCCAUCAGCAAAGAAGAAGAAGAAGAAAGAAACGGCGAUUUCUAAGUCAGAAAGUGUGCCCAAAGAUGAGAAAUCUGUGGACCAGUUGAGUCCUGAGCAUCAUGAUGUUACCAAUGAUGCCGAGGCAGAGAAAAUAGUUAGAAAAUCAACCAGAACUUCAGUGAUUAUCAGGCAAGCGGAGCGAGAUGCAAUACGUGCAGCAUUGCAAGCUACAAUGAAGCCAAUAAAAAGAAAGAAGGAAGGUGAGGAGAAGAGGAUGACCCAAGAAGAGAUGCUUCUGGAAGCAGCUCAAACAGAGAUUAUGAAUUUGAGAAAUUUGGAAAAAGUGUUAGCAAGAGAAGAAGAAGUUAAGAAAAGAGCUAUCGUGCACAAAGCAGUUUACACUGGUCCACAGAUACGAUAUAUUUCUAAAAAUGGAAACUCUUAUCUAGAUUUCAUGAAUGGAGCAUCAUUUGAUUCAGAAUUGUCGACCUCAACUGUUCCAUAUCCAGAGAAGGCGGUGUGUGCUGUUACGGGGCUACCAGCAAUUUAUCGUGAUCCAAAUACGGGUUUACCUUAUGCAACAAAAGAAGCAUUCAAGACCAUUCGUGAACGGUUUAACCAAGAAAAGAGCUUCAGGAAACACCAUACGUUCGCCAGUUUGGGCAUUACCAUAAAAUUCCUGCUCCAGAAGAUGAAGACUCAGAAUAAGAGCGAGUCCAACUUGUUCCUGAGGAUUUCUUGCUUGCGGAAUCAAACCGAUGGCCGUGUCGAGAAGUAA